AUGCCUUCGCAGCGAACGCCAGCCCGGCAAGCAGCAGCAGGGGUCGGCGGCAGCCGGCGGCCGGCGGCGCCCGCGCUGCCGCAGCGGCAACGACGUCACCGGGCCGCGGCACCCAGCGCCGCGCUGCUGCCAGAGCACGUGGAUGCGGCGGUCAGCGGCCUGCACCAUCUGCAGCACCUGCUCACGCUGGCUUACGAGCCCAUUGUGCUGCCCUGCUCGACAAUGAACUGUGGAGACCUGACGCACCGCAGUACACUGGACCCUGUCCUGCGGAUGGAGGAGCGGGGCAUCAACCCGCAGGGCCUGGCCCUGCUGGCCGCCGCCGCCUUUUACCUCACGCGCGCCCCUGGUGUGCUGUCGGGCUUCAUAGACACAUACCUGCAGGCGCCCAUGCAGGCCAGGACAGCAAAGGUGUACGGCAAGGAGGACUUUGACAUGGGCCGCAAGAUUGCCACGGGCGGCUUUGGCACGGUGUACCUGGCUGAGAUGGGGGAGGGCCAGCAGCGGCGGCAGGUCAUCGUGAAGAAGGCGACUGAGUUUGGGGAGGCAGAGGUGUGGAUGAAUGAGCGCAUGAUGAGGGUGUCGCCUCAGUCGGCCGCCAGGUUCAUCACGGCAUUCAGCGACGGCAGGGGGGCGGUGGGGGACAGCACGUGGCUGGUGUGGGAGUACGAGGGCGACUACACGCUGGCAGACCUGAUGCAGAAGAAGGAGUUUCCUUACAACCUGGAGCAGUCGCUGUUCGGGCGGGAGCUCAACAUCCCCAAGGGCCCCGAGCGCAAGGCCGCCAUCAUCCGCGUCGCGCUGCAGCAGCUGCUGGGCUGCCUAGAAAAGUGCCACUCCGUGGGCAUCGUGCACCGCGACGUCAAGCCCCAGAACUGCAUCCUGUCUGAGCAGGACUCCAAGAUCAAGCUGAUUGACUUCGGGGCGGCCGCAGACCUGCGCAUCGGCAUCAACUACGUGCCCAACCAGUACCUGCUGGACCCGCGGUACGCCCCGCCGCAGCAGUACAUCAUGAGCAAGCAGACGCCCAGGGCGCCACCCGCGCCCGUGGCCGCACUGCUGUCCCCCGUGCUGUGGCAGCUCAACGCUCCCGACCGCUUCGACAUGUACUCAGUGGGGGUGGUACUGCUGCAAAUGGCCUUCCCGCUGCUGCGGGGCGACAACACGCUCAUCAACUUCAACAAGCAGCUGGCCGAGCAGUACGGGUGGAACCUGAAUGCCUGGCGCAAGGCGCUGGAGAAGCGUGGCGACAAGGCGUAUGCCGAGGGAUUUGCGGUGCUGGACGCAGACGGCGGCGCCGGCUGGCAGCUGCUCUGCAACCUCAUCCAGUACGACCCUUCCAAGCGCCUGUCGGCGUCUGCGGCGCUGGCCCACCCCUACUUUGGUGUGGCCACGCCCUCGGCCAUCAUCUCGUCCACCUUUGGCACCAUCGGCACGGUCGUCAGCAAGGGAGGCGGGCGCAGCGAUCGCGCGGCGGCAACAUGCGGCCCGGAAAGUGGGGUUGUGGCAUGGCAGCAGGCAGCAGAGGGUCCCGAGUGCUGCUCGUCCAAGGUCAUACUGCUCACCUGGCGCUGCCGGUGCUGGCGGUGCCGCCUGCAGGACGAGCUGCCCGAAAACCUGGCCAACUCCUCCUCCACCAUCGCCUGGUGGCAGUCGCGGCAGGCUGAGGUGGAUGCGCGGCUGCGGGUGCGGCGCGCCGCGAUGGGCCGCGUGGCCCAGACGGUCAGCGAGAUCCAGGAGAAUGGGAAGAAAGCGGUGAACAAGCUGCCCAAGAUCUUCGAGCUGGUGGGCGGCAAGGCCAACAAGUGA